AUGUCUCCGCGGAAGGAGUCUCAGACGCCUACAGGGAUUCACCGCACCUGGUGGAAAGAGUCCAGCAUCUAUCAGAUCUACCCCUCUUCCUUCCAGUCUCACUCUCCCAACAGGCCUACUGGCACCAUCCGCGGCAUUACCUCGCACCUCUCUUACAUUCAGUCCCUCGGCACAGACACUGUCUGGCUGUGCCCUAUCCUCGCGUCCCCUCAAAUCGACAUGGGCUAUGAUAUCUCUGACUACCGCGACAUCCACGAAGGCUAUGGAACAAUGGAGGACCACGAUGAGUUGAUCCGGGAGCUGCAUGCAAGGAAGAUGAAGUACGUGAUGGAUUUGGUGGUCAAUCAUACUAGUGAUCAACAUGAGUGGUUCAAGAAGUCGAGGUCAAGUAGAGGCAAAGGUAACGAGUUCAGGGAUUGGUACAUAUGGCGGCCUGCCAAAUACGAUAAUGGCGGGCAGAGACAGCCGCCGAACAACUGGCUGAGCUAUUUUGGAGGCUCAGCAUGGCAAUGGGAUGAAACGGCACAUGAAUACUACCUCCACCUCUUCGCCCCAUCUCAACCUGACCUAAACUGGGAGAACCCCUCCGUCGUCUCUGCCGUCCACUCCAUGAUCCGUUUCUGGCUAGACCGCGGCGUCGACGGUUUUCGCAUGGACGUCAUCAACUUCAUCAGCAAGGAGCCCGGCCUUCCUAAUGCCCCUGUUACCGAUCCAACCAGUCCGUGGCAGAGCGCUAUCGCUUUGCAUUCCUGCGGGCCGAGACUGCACGAAUUUCUGCAGGGAAUCGGGGCGAUUCUGAAGGAGUAUGAUGCAUUUAGCGUUGGAGAGAUGCCAGGGGUAGGGGACGAAAAGGAGGUGAUGAAAAGUGUAGGACAGGAAAGGGAAGAGUUGAAUAUGAUCUUCCAUUUUGAGCUAGUAAGCAUAGACGGCCAGACCCAGGACAAAUUCCUCCCCCGCAACUGGACCCUCCAGGAACUGAAACGCAUCAUCUCAAAAUGGCAAGCCAUGAUGCUCACCAACCACGGCUGGAAUGCCCUCUACCUCGAAAACCACGACCAACCGCGCAGUAUCUCGCGCUUCGCCUCCGAUGCCCCGAAAUACCGUAAGUUCUCCGCUAAGAUGCUCGCGACCUUUCUGGCGCUGCAGAGUGGCACACCGUAUAUCUAUCAGGGCCAAGAGAUCGGCCAAAUCAACCUGCCUAGAUCGUGGGGUUUGGACAAGUACAGGGAUAUCGAAACGUUGAAUCAUUGGCGCGAUAAGGUCCUGGUGGAGUAUCCCGAGGACAAAGAGUUUCAAGAUAGAAUGCUAAGAGAGUAUCGCAAGAAAGGGAGGGAUAACGCCCGGACACCCAUGCAGUGGGACGGCAAGAGCAGGAACGCGGGAUUCACGGGGGAGGCGACGCAGCCGUGGAUGGAUGUACAUCCGGACUAUACGGAGUGGAAUGUGGAGAACCAGAUCGAUGACCCGGAUAGUGUGUUCAGCUACUGGAAGGCUGUGCUAGCAUUGAGAAAGGAGUUGAAGGAUAUUUUUGUGUAUGGCGAUUUUCAGAUGCUGGACCCAGAAGGCGAGGAGAGUGUGGUAUUUAUUAGGUCUGCUGAUGAGCGGAACAAGGCGUUGGUGGUGAUGAGUUUCAAGGACUAUGAGACGGAGUGGCAGGUGCCGGAGGGGGUGAGGUCGUUUUUGCAGUGUCCGGUCAAGCUGAAGAAUUAUGAAGACGAGCCCCAGUUACGACGAGGAGGAGGAGAAGGCGGAGAGUCGAGUGCGAUGAUAUUGCGACCCUUUGAGGCACUGGUGUAUGUUAGUUCGGGUGGAAGCAGCGACUGA